GUUAUUUCUUCAUCGUCCUCUCCAGGCGCUUCACUGAGCUCACUCUGUCUCUCUGACAAUCUCAACUCCAUCGACUCUCUAGUCCCUUACCAUCCCAUCUCAUCGCUCUCACUCUCAAACCAUCGAGUCUUCUCAUUAGGCAUAUCGACGCCUCAGCCUGAUAUCUCAUUUAUUCGACGAACUUUGAAGCUCAGGGCUGUAACCACAUGACGACCAAAUCAGUAGUCCAAGACUUCUCAUCUGACACUUCACGCCGACCCAAUCCUUCUCCAAUCUCUGUCAAGCCUGAGACUCCAGCCACUCUACGCCCUCCUCAACCACCUGCUAACUCAGACGUUCAUAUCGUACAUGUACCUAGCUAUUCCAGGUGGUUCUCAUGGGACCAUAUCCACCACUGUGAAGUUCGAUUCCUCCCAGAGUUUUUCGAUUCUCACUCACCUUCCAAGAAUCCUAGGCUUUACAUGUACUAUCGCAACAACAUCAUCAAGCAUUAUAGGGACAACCCUGCCCGAAAGCUCACCUUCACUGAUGCCCGUAAGACUCUCGUUGGUGAUGUUGGCUCCAUUCGCAGGGUUUUUGAUUUUCUUGAGGUUUGGGGUUUGAUCAAUUACUCCUCCGCUCUCAACAAGCCCCUUAGGUGGGAGGACAAGGACAGCAAGGCUGCCUCUCCGGUCGCUGAAUCCCCCACAGGUUGUCCUGAGGACUCUUCCACUCCCAACAAGGAGAGCCCCAAGAAGAGAGUGUGCCAUGGUUGCAAGUCUCUUUGUAGCAUUGCCUGCUUUGUUUCUGAAAAGUAUGACAUGACUCUGUGUGCAAGGUGCUAUGUUCGCGGGAAUUAUCAGAUUGGUGUAACUUCUUCAGAUUUCAGGAGGGUUGAGAUCAAUGAAGAGAUGAGGAGUGAUUGGGCAUAUAAAGAUACUUUGCAUCUUCUAGAAGCUCUCAUGCAUUAUGGUGACAAUUGGAGGAAGGUUGCACAACAUGUCGGUCGAAGUGAGAAGGAAUGCAUCACUCAUUUCAUUAAAAUUCCUUUCGGUGAAGAAUUUAUUGCUGAUUUCGAUUCUGGGGAUUUCUACUACAAGAAUAGUAGUCCUUUGAAAGACUCUCUGGAUUCCAAAUUUGGAAUGGAGAGUAAUGGUACACCAUCCCCAAGUAAAAGAAUGCGUCUCACACCUCUUGCAGAUGCAAGCAACCCAAUAAUGGCUCAGGCGGCCUUCCUGUCAGCUUUGGCGGGCAUAGAGGUUGCAAAAGCUGCUGCUUGGGCGGCUGUAACAACCCUUUGUGAGGCGGAUUAUGAAACAAGUAGACUGAGUCUAGGAUCUCGGGCUUGGAAUGCAAGACAGCAUGAAGUGAAUGUUGAAUCCAAUGGGGACACCAACCUAGAUGAACUGGGAGGUGCUUUUGUAGAUGCAAAUUCACAGCUUGAAAAGGAAGGGAUGGAUGUGGAGAGAGCAAUUUCUGGGAUUACAGAGGUGCAGAUGAAAGAGAUUCAAGAGAAGAUUGUUCGUUUUGAGGAGUUAGAUUUACAGAUGGAGAAAGAACGGCAAAAACUGGAGCAAAUGAAAAACAUGCUCUUUGUUGAUAAGCUAACACUUUCAUUUCAUAAAACUUGUGCACAAAAAACUGAAGGAAUGGAGAAGAAUAUACAAACAGACUGA